CAUAGCUUCGUGUGUGGCAGCGUUCCAUAGCGGGUGCACUGUUCCGUGUGGCGUAGCCAGACACUGCAACCACUCCCACACAGCUGAGUAUGGAGGCCCUUCGCACUGUUGGGAACAGUGGAAGUGUAUUCUCUGGGCAUGAACCUCCACGUAGUGGUCCUUCAGUGGCGCACACCACCAGUGGAGUGGAUCCAGUCCCCCACUCGUUCGUUGCCAGUUCGUCCGAUCAGAGGUCGCUGGAGGACAUGAGGGAGUACUUGCAUCGGCGUGCAAUGCGGAGCUCAAGCAACAAAGACGAAACAGAAGUCUCACCUUCAAUCGACGCUCACACUUUCAGCAUGCCUCAAUGGUCUACGGAGCAAUUGCAGGAGCAGCCGUUGUUGUCUCCUCAGUCGUCCGUCGGGGGGGUGGGGGGUGUAGACAUGUCACAGCUGGGUGUAGACGUGUCACAGUUAGAAUCGCAGGUUGUUUGUAACAUGCCACAACGUAGUUUGCUCUCUGCAUUCGACGAGGUUGUGCAGCAGACAAGCCACAGUUUGCCAACUGCUGGCUUAGGCCCCUCUGGGACAGUGGUUUUGAGUGAUCAGGAGCUGGGGGUCGGCAGUGUUGACUGGGCAGGCGAUUGUGGGAAUGGUUUGCCACACCAAAUGGGGGGAGGGGAUGACGACUAUGCUGACUCACAAGCAGGCGCUGACUCACAAGCAGGAGGAGAUCGUGGACAUCACGAGACGGAAGGUAGUGUGCAAGCACGUGGGACCCCAGGUGAGGAGCAGCCAUGGGUGGGUGAGGAGCAGCAUCUCCCUCCCCCCAUUGCUUCUGAUGGCGCAGUCCCUGGUAAUGGCGGUGAUGGGUGUCACCGAAAUCGGCGCUGGAAUGAUGCUGAAACGCUUGCCCUCAUCCACGCACAUAUAGAGUACAGGGUUGCACGAGCAGUCAACUCUGAAGCUAUAGGCAAUGCUUGCUCUUUGAAUAAGAAAUGGGAGGGUAUAUCAACUGCCGUGUGUGCUGCCGGCUUCAUCCGUAAUGGCUAUGACUGUGAAAAUAGGUGGAAGAACUUGUGGAAGUGGUAUAGAAAGGUGCUGGUCCACGAUGGCAUGAGUGGAGUGCAGAGCUAUUGGACAUGUCACCUGAGGCACGAGCGAAUGCUGGACUCACGUUCCGCCUUCGAAGGUCCUGGUUUGAUCUCAUUGACUCCUUCAAUAUUAGAAACCCGGUUUGGGAACGUCAGCAAAGCGCAGACGCACUAUCGCAAAUGCCGGGAGCAGGCUGUGAAGGACAUCUCCGCAGUAAUGAGGGAGCAGACAGACGCACUGAGGGAGCACAAUAGGCGAUCAGUGGAGUGCGCUGAACUCACAGUGAAAGCCAUGUACAAACAGGCAGCAGUGCAACAACAGAUUGGAAAGCUCACUGCCAAAGUUGCUCAGGAGGACAUGGCUAUUCGGAAGGAGAUAGGUCUUCUGAUGGCGGAAAAGCUUGAGAAGGGGUGGAACACAUUUGCUCAAGCAUUGCGAGAUUCACGGUCUUCCUCCUCUUAAAGGCCACGAAAGUUUUAGUUUUGGAGUAGAUGGUGAAGUAAAUGAUGUAGUGCUGG